CCCCGCCCCGAACCGGCCCCACAGCGCCGUCUCGCGGACGUCGGCGCGGGCGCGGCCAUGGCGGUGACCGGCAGCGCGGAAGGCGAGGGCGACAGCCCCGCGCUGUGGGCCGAGGUGCGGGCGCUGCUGCCCCGCGCCGAGGAGGGGCUGACCUUGGCGCUGAGCGGCGAGGUGGAGGACUGCGUCCUGCCGCUGCUGCGGCGGGCCCGCGCGCUGGUCUACGGCGCGGCGGGCCGACCUGAUGCGGCAGCGGCAGCGGCGCUGGAGCGCCUCAGCGACGUCCUGCGUGACUACUCCUGGGAGAAGCUGAACACGGGGCCAUGGAGGGAGGUCGGCAAGGGCUGGCGCCAGGUCUACGCCUACGGCUGCCUGUUCGGGGCGCUGGCCGAGGUGGCCGCGGGCCGCCCGCUGGCGCGCGCCGUGCGGCUCUGCGACCUGGGGCUGCUGAUGGGCGCCGCCGUCCUGGACAACGUCCUGGCGCGCCUGGUGCGCGCGCUGCAGCCGCGCCUGCCCCCCGCGCGGCACGGCCUGCCCGCCGCUGCCCCGCGCGCGCCCGAGGGCCAGCGGCCGCUCCCGAGCGCCCGGCCGCGGGGGCCGCCCCCCGCCCUGCAGCCCCACGAGGCCAUUCCGCACCUUCGCUGUCCUUCGCUGGAGCACUUCAGAGACAACUACCUCCUUCCCCAGCGGCCCGUGGUCCUGGAGGGCGUCAUGGAUCACUGGCCGUGUAUGAAGAAGUGGAGUGUGGACUAUUUCUGUCAAGUCGCAGGGUGCCGCACAGUCCCCGUGGAGCUGGGUGCUCGGUAUACAGAUGAGGAAUGGUCUCAGCAGCUCAUGACUGUCAGUGACUUCGUCAGCCAGUAUAUCAUGGAUGAGAGCAAUGUAGGAUACCUUGCCCAGCACCAGCUUUUUGAUCAGAUCCCAGAACUGAAAGAAGAUAUCAGUAUCCCCGACUACUGCUGCCUGGGUGAAGGGGAAGAAGAUGACAUCACCAUUAAUGCCUGGUUUGGUCCAGGAGGCACAAUCUCACCUCUUCAUCAGGAUCCCCAGCAAAAUUUUUUAGCCCAGGUAUUUGGAAGAAAGUAUAUCCGUCUCUAUUCACCACAAGAUUCAGAAAACCUAUACCCCCAUGAAAGCCAAAUUCUUCACAACACCAGUCAGGUUGAUGUGGAAGAUCCAGACUUCGUCAAGUUUCCAAAUUUCACAAAGGCUGCAUUUCAGUCCUGCAUUCUGAUGCCUGGGCAGAUUCUGUUUAUUCCAGUUAAAUAUUGGCACUAUGUGCGAUCGCUUGAGCUCAGCUUCUCUGUUAGUUUCUGGUGGUCAUAGUUCUGAAAUGUAGUCAGCAGCACUGAAAUUAAAUUAAAAAUCAGGCAAGUAGCAUCUCUCUUUCAGAAGAGGUUAGAGGUGGAGCAAAACCAACAAACUCUUGCUAAAGCAUGGAGAAGUAGUCAUAAUGGGUAAGUGGAAAGAUGAUGCUGUUAUCACUUCAUUUUUGUAUAUGUUUCUAAUAACUCCUAAAUAGCAUAGGUUAGGUCAUUCUCCUGUGUGUGCAUCCAUCAGAAAGAGCCUCUGUAUGGGCACUGCCAGGGCUCUGCCUGAGCCUGUCUCAAUAACCGGGUCAGGGUUAUCUUCUACUUGGAUUUGGUAAAUAAAACCCUGGACUUAGCUAGAGAGAUGGUGCUACCUGAAGAUUCUAUCUAUGAAAAAAUUAAGCUAACACCAAGCAAGGUACUAGUCUCCUGCAUGAAAAAAGUUACUCAUGUGCUGGUUCUGGCGAGGAUAGGGUUAAUUUUUGCAGUAGCCAGGAACGGCAUGGCCCAGACCCAGAGGUUAUUUUGUCCUACCUCAGCCUGCCACUGCUGCAGGCCAGGGGUAGGAAGGGGCUCCUUGGUCUUACAGUGACUGAAUCUGUGUGAAUCUUUUUGUGUGAAUCUUUUGUCUCUCUUGUACACUGUUAUUGAGAUUGUUGCUACUACUGCUUAUUUUCUUAUUCCAUUGCUGUUUCCAGUAAAUUGUUCUUAUUGCAACUCAUGGUCUUUACCUUUUGGACCUCCCAAUUCUCCUGUCCAUGAGGGGAGAGGUAGGGGGAAGAGGAAAUGCGCAAGCAUUUCAUGGUUUGGAGUGUUUUGGUGGGAACACUAAUUUGGGGAGUACUGUUUCUAAACCACAACAUCCUAUUAAAGCCUAGAACAUAACUGAAGUUAAUCCAUAGUUUAAUUGCAGUUAGAUAACCUGAAGUUUAAUUAUAUUUUGAUUAACCAUCAUAUGAGCUGCUGCCACAGCUCUUCUGCUGUGUCACAUAUCUCUACCAAGGACAAGGAUGCUGCCAUUUUAGUCUGCUGUCUGGCAAUAGCCAGUCCUUGGCUCCUUUCCAAGUUCACUCUUAAAGGAAAAAGCAUCCUUUCUUAAAACUGGAGACAGAAGUGCCAAGAUGAAAAACCUAAAGAGUCUCAGUAUGGUAAUGUUUUCAGCAGUUUGCAGACAUAAGCUAACAUUGCCCCAAGUCCUGCCCUACUGCUUCCCAAUCCUUCUGUGGCAAUAUUCCCUCCUUACAGAGCACAGCUGCUCGUGACAUGGCCUUAUGUCAAGACAAAUUCUUCUGCAUCUAAAGAAGGGACAAAACACAACCACAGUGCCAGCUAGAAGUGUUCCAACUCCAGCCCUAGGUCAGAGACUGAGCCAGCUGCCUUGCGCACACCGCACUGAUUUUUCACCUGCUUGAUGUACCACAGCAGUUCCAUUGUGCAACUGAAUUUGUACUGCUCCUGUACAAACAGGGAGCACUUGCUGAGAAAGGCUUCUUUCAAGAGUUUAGCUGCAUAUAUCAGAUUGCAGGACUGACUAAAACAUUUGCAUCUUUCAUCCCCAAACAUGCACUGAGAGUCCCAACCCAAGAAUAUGGAGAAUUACAAACACAAAACAGCCUCCAAGAAAGCUGUGCAGGCAUUACUGUGAACAGGAACAUCAAUGAUAGUUUUAUUGUAAGAUUCUUAGAACUUUAGAAAAUGAGUACACUGAGCACUGUUACUAAUGAAUACAAUACAGUCUGGCUGUUCUGCCAGAGUGGGGGCAAAUAGAUGUCACUGACAUCAAGUUUUACUGGCAUCAUCUAGAGCCAAGAGUGGAGCUCUGUGGUAAGUCUGUACCAUUGGAACCCAUCCGAUUCACACCUGUAAAGAAAACUAAAGGAAGGUUAAUGGACAACACACAAAAAAAAGAUAACGUUGUAUAACCACCUUUUCUAAAAUGCUUUGUAUAUUCCUCUGUUGCUGUUCACAAUAUCCAAUUUCCCUGGACAAAUGGAGGAAUUCCAAAGAGAUUCUUAGAAGCUUGGUAUUUCCAGAAGUUCUAGUGUCAUGGGUUGUGUGUGCUUCUAUUCCUUCUCCCCUCCUCCCCACCUCCUAAAGAUAGUUAUAAAAAAAUUUGCACAGGGUCUGCUAAUGCCCCUGUGGCACUCUUUGGGCACUGUGGGGGCUCAAUGCUGCCUGUGUGUGGUUUAGUGCCUGAAAUGUACCACUGGAGUCAGAAAUAGCUGAUACAGUUAUAAAUAAUACAGGCAGUGCCACUGAACAUGACAGCCCAUUUCCUAGUAUUACUACAUUCAAUUUUUUAAAAAUACAUUGCUUAGUACCUGGGGUGUCACAAGACCAGAAUUCAUUACACUUGGGACAGCGGGGUUCAGUCUGGCCUCUGAAGUACUUUCUGACACAAAGUAAGUGCAUUCCAAUUCCACAGGAUUCACAUACUUGGCUCUGAAAUCAGGAGUGUUGAUUCAUAAAAUCAUUCUAAACUGUCCUUCAAUUUAAGAGAAGGUUGUUACAAAGAGCAGCAGAUACACAAUGCUUUGUUCCAAAGAACGGUUCCCACAAUAUGGGUGGUAGACACACUCAACAGUCAAAGUUGGUAAAUCCUAAAAGAAAGUCUUUUUCUAUAAACUGGGAAAUACUAUUUCCCUAUAUGGACAAAACUUAGUUUGAAAGGCAGCAAUUUCAGUGCAAUAAAGGAGACUAAUUCGGAUGGAAAAAGUAACAGGGAAGCAUGUAUUAGUUGGGCAGAUCAGAAGAUGCAGGCUCACAGAGCAAGAAAAUGUAGCAGUUUUGGAAUAUGAAUCCAGGCUGUAACUACUUAAGCAAGAUGGAAUGGUAACAUCCCAGCUAUCAAAACACAGUGCUUUAGCAUGCUCUACAUAGCACGUGUGUUCCUUCUGAGGUCCAAACACAAGCAAUUCCUGAAUUAAAAUCCCAAAACCAAGAAUGAAUGUGUCACACGAUGACAUCUACUGGCAAGGCCCAAAGAGGACACUGCUAACACCUCACUGCUAAACCUCUUUCAGCAUCAGGAGCUCAUCUCUAACCUGCUGGUUUGGAAAGCUAGACAGCACAACCAUGUUCCUCAUUGCGGGAGUGCACUUUUGCCAUUUUAUACUUGGAGACACUGCUCCAAGACAAUUUUAUUUCUAAAGACAGAAGCUAAAAUGCCUAAAAUGGAGAAAAAUUUUUUUUUUACAAAAUGCACGAGCACCAUGACCAGAUUACAAGACCAAGAUUAUACCCAAGAGAAAGCAUCACAAACCCAGCUAUAACCAUGCAAGUCCAUUGGCUGAGGUGAUAUAACAUGUUACCUGGAUGGCAAGGCUGCGACAGAUGUUACAUUUCCUUGCCACAUCCUGGUAGUUGCUGAGAAUGUACUGUUCCAUCUCAAUUAUGCAACGAGUAUGCAGAGUGUAGUCUCCAUUUUUCUAAGGAAACAAAUGUUGAGAUGAGGAAUUUCCUUUCAUUCCUUUACCUUUUUUGACUUUGCUAACCACCUGUUAACAAGCCAUUCUACUGUCAUGAAACCAACAUACUGGUACAAUGCAACACCAGAACACUUUUGAAAUAGCAGAACUCCUUUGUUUAGAGGAGCAGAAUAAAAAUCCCACACCUUUAACAGAGAUCUAGUCCUUGGAAAACAUAAAUGAGCAAGCAUGCACUCCUUAACAGCAGUAUGGUGUUUUGGGAUCCUCCCAAAAAGAAUGUUAGAGGAAAUUCUCCCAGCUUUCAACAAAAUCUAGGCAUUUCCUGCUUGAUGUAUCUUUGGAAAUAUCUGCCAAAUCAAAUUAACAUGUAAGUAACUGUGUGGCAGCAGGUUGAAGAUCUAUGGUGCAAUGACUUCAGCAAAAAAGGGAUUAAGCAACUACAGUAUCCAUGUGGUCAGUCCACCAUGGUCCACAUGGUGAGCUCAUUUCCACUGCUGCCUCGUAAAAUAAAACAGGUAACAUGCACAGUGGCCCAUGCAUUUCUGGUACAGGAGUUUUCAACAUGCCUGGAAAUUCCAAAUGCAACUAACAGCACUGAUCACUCUGAAGAGCUUUCCCCAACUCUUGUUCCAGGUUGAAGAAUGCUGUGCUGUUGUGUCUGUGCAUCACUGGGCAGGACUGGACACACAAACCCACCUGGCUCCGGUAAAAGGAACCGAAACCAUAUGGUCCUGUAUAGACCUACCCAAGGACUUUUGUCCAUUUAAGUCCUUUUCUGCAAAAAUCAUUGGAGCACCAAUAAGCAUGGGUGCCAUAAGACCAUUUUUGCCAUCAGAAGAGCUCCAGUCUCAGCUACCACAUCCAUAAGAACAUGGUAGCUGGACCCUUUGAACUAAGAACACUUGAAUGCAGUUACCUCAGAGAGCCACUUAUCCUCCACAAAAACUUUCAGCACUUGUUCUGCUUCUUUCUUCUUCAUUUUCUUUGUCUUAAGUUGGUCAGCCAAGUUUAAAAUAUCUGUAGAUGAGGCAAAGCCAUUUUCUGAUAAAAUUAUUAGGUCCAUCUACAGGAAGAAACAUUACCAAGUAUUAGAAACACUGCAAUUAGGCAGACAUCAGUAAUGUGCUGAUGUGCAAUUUUUUUUGCAUCCAUGUAUGUGAAAGAUACUACAGUAUACAGCUUGACCCAGAAUUGUAAAACAAAGGCCAAAAGGUGAAACACUCAUUGUCUCCUUAAGAUUUUGAUCUUUGCCAAGAAAACAUUUCCACAAAUAGAAGUAUACAUGCUGCCUAAAUAAAGCUGCAUUCAGGGACACCACACUCAGUGGUGACAGAUCCAUUUCUUUUUAUCUGCUCUUUGUCAAAGAUGUUUUGAGGAAAAACCUCAAAAACCAUAGACAAAUAUUUAAAUGCAAAUCCACAAAUUCAUUUUGUAAGUUACUAGCAUUAAAAACUACUGUAUAUUACUAAACGACUAAAUCCAGUGAAAAACUCAGCAGUCAUGACUGAAAAUCCUGAAGAAAUUUGUUUGUAUAACUAGACGUAGGCAUGUCUUGUCCCUAACCCAAGGAGCCAUUACCUGGUGCUGAUUUUGCCUUACCCAUAACUGACUAACAACAGCAAAUCAUUACUUGCACAUACUUUCAUUCCUGCCCACCCCAUCCAUUUGAUCUCAGAUAAACUUAGGUGAAAUGGCAACUACUUCUUCAACCACAUCUCCAUUUCCAUUUUCAUUCAUUUUAAGAUGACAGCUUCACAAAUAAUGUGAUUUACUAAGCUAUAACUGACAUACAUACUGUUUUUCUGAACAAUUCCAAUUCAAUUUCUGUAUAGUCAGAUGCCAUUUUAGUUACUUCCGUUUCCGCCAAAUUCACCUACAAAAAAUAACAUGAUAUAAAGUGCCGAUGUAGUUUCAUACCAGAAACUGUAAAAAAACCCCUCAGGUUAAGAAUACAUCAUAUAACAAUUAACAUAAAUGUUAAUUCUUUUAGGGGCACUUGAUGGUACUCAAGUUCUUUCUUUACAACCCCUCAUCUUCCAGCCACAAAUUCUCCACAGCUUCCUCUGCCCAGGCAAAGCCAUUCCACAACACAAGCUCCCAGAACUGACACAGAGUGCUGCAGCAGAGCUGACACAUCACAGGUGCUAGAUAGUUCCUGCUGCUGCCUACCACCAGACCUAUGUUAGCAGUCACCUUUUUAUUCACUGUGAAAAUCAGCUGCCCGUGUUUUCUACUGUUAUUGCACAUGCUACUACUAUUAAUUAUUAGCUCAACUUAACUGGAAAAGGGAAAGGUUAAAGGCAGCAGCUAAUUUAGGAUACCUUCUGUAUGGUCUUCUGAAAUUACCAGAUAACCUUCUCUGCACAUUGCAGAUCAUCUGGUGAAACAACUUGUACAACUCCUUAGCAACCUUUUUGUGCUAGGUUGAUUUUUGAGUGGGAGAAAAAGAAAACUGAUGUUGGACAGCUCUCUGUGUUUUCUAGUUUAAAAAUCUGUCUCAGGAAAGAAAGUCUCCAGUGGAAAAGAAAUCUCACUUCAGCACUUAAGCAAUGUUUAUGCUAAGUAACUCCAACGCUGCUGUCAUCCUUGCUGCCGUGUCCUACUCCCAUAAAUCUGGUCUGUGACAGUUGAUCCUCCAGCAGCUCCUGCAGCCACUGCCAGCCCCAUGCAAACACAGCACAGCAGGUACCUACUACAGCAUAAUGUGCUCUCCCAUCAUCUUCUGAUAUUCCUUUCCGGAUCUGCAUAAACAAAGGCUGCAGGUGGCUGUUAAUAGUGCUGAUGAAAUCAUCCAGUUUAUCGUGUGCAUAGUAAACUGAAAAAGAAUGAGAAAAGUCAUACAGAGAAAAAAACAUAAGUCAAACAACUACACAUCAGACAGAUCUUUUUAUGUGAAACAUUUUUUCCCAGGUAAGACUGCUAAAACUGAGACAGAAUUUGAACAUGAAUUCAAACUGUUCUAUUCAGCAGAAAUAGCACUUCCUUGUGCUACUAUCUCAUGACCUUCAGAGAUGCUCAGCUCCUUUAAAAUCAGUUGACAGAGUCCAGACAUUCUGCCUUGUUGCAGGGAACCCAUAGCACUGAUCCAGUAAUUACAGUGACCUGAACUAAGCUGAAUUGAAAAUGAAAUAUGACUGGGAAAAAAUAUUAUGCACAACAGAAAAAUACACUGACUUAAAUUCCUUUAUAUACAAGGGAUUUCUUCUAUGUUUCUGUAUGCUCUGUUUCACAAAUUAAUGCACAUAAGUGCUCAAGUUACAUAUCAGAAAACCUAAAAUUCCAGUGUUGUAGAAACAAGAAGAAAUAUCUCGAGUCACAUUUUAUAAACCAAGCAAAUACUAGGAGCAGUUUUACCAUAGACAUAAUUAGGAUGGACUUUGCAGUAGUUCUGUGGAAGAGAACACAAUGGGUCUUGCCUGCACAGCACCAGCACAACCCUCACAUCUAUCCAAAACAAGACUUUGUUGCUCUCUGUGACCAGAGAGCUGCUGCCACAAAUUAACAGCUCAUAAUUUUAGAUAAAUGAUUCACGUCUAAAAUUACAACCAGUUAUCAUGAAAUUAAUCCUGUUCUCAGCCACAGGAGUCCCUUGCUCACUUAGGAACACCGGGCCAAGUCCCACUCCCAAAGCGCACCGCACUAUCCAGCCCAGUGCCAAACAGCCCUCAUAGGAUGCUCCUGCCCAGGAGUUCCUGGUUCUGAUAUACAAGAUUCCCUCAGUGAACAAUGCCAACAUACAGCAAGAACAAUAGUAAAGUACAAAAUUAAGUACAGUUUUGCCAUUGGCUUGGCCCCUGUCAGCAGGAAAGUGCACACAGCAGCCAGGGAGCUUUAGUGACUGAUCUCAGAGAUGGUAAAAGAUGAAAGGGUAACAGAAUACUCUUCUGUACAACAGCUUUAACACUUUAAUGUUACAUUUUAAUGUUAAGUGGCUGCUCGAGUAGAUCUCAUGUGGAAAAAAGGGAUAAAAAUUCCCCAUAAAAAAUGAAUAGGGGUUAGAGAACACCAAAAGUUGCACUUCACAAUUUUAGCAUCUAAGAAGUAGGUCAAGUUACAGUUCCUGACUCAAGAGACUAUACAAAUAGAUUACUAUAAUCUAUAUAAACAGAUUACUUUGUGGGAAUCUGAUGUUGCAUUAUGGGUAAGUAGGUACAAAUUCACAGAAAACCAGAAGAGUCCCUGCAGAGUAGCAUGGUGGCAUGGCACAGGGACACUCCUAAACCUAGCAAGAGCACAGCUUCCAGGACUUGGAAUGGACAAUACAUUGCAGGUGAGGUGGGAAGAAAGCACAGCAAUUCACCAGGAAUUGCUCAUCCUCACAGAAAUAUUUUUGUAGCAGUCACUUCUCCCACAACACCUGGGAGAAAUGACUGAAGUGCAUUUACUUAAAAUUAUUCAAUAUAGUGAAGUACUUCCAGUGUCAAAAAUUAUUUUUUAAAAUCAUCUAUAUGUAUAAUCGAUAAACAACAACCUUGGCAAAAUAAAAAGUACUAUAUACGAAUCUGGCCUGAUUAGAAGUUAGUUUACUCAUUGCUGUACUAUUUUAUCUUUCAGGAAAGAGACAGAACACUCAUAUCAUUACAGUUUUUAAACUUUUUUUAGCUGAUGCAUGCCCUUCAGAAAUCAAAUUUGCGAGCUGCACCACGCAAAAAAUCCAGUUCUUUCAUCACCAAGACAGACACACCUUUAUCAGUUUCACAGCAGUGCUGGUGUAAUUUUCUGGCCUCUGAUCCUUCUGUUAUCCCAUUAGACAUCAGAACCUGCAAGAACCGUCGAUGAGCAUUGGUCAUCUGAGCUGCCAUCAGUAUUUCACCAGGCUUCAAGUG